AUGACGUCACGAGAAAGGGCCAGUCUCAGCCUCGUUCGCGAAAAUAAAAACACAUCAGGCUACCUAAGGUCAGUCAGUCAAUAUAUGGUUAAGGCAGUCAAGUCUGAUAUCAUGUUUAGUGCAGUGAACAAACUGGUUGGGUUUUUAACUAAAAACGAGUUUUGUCGAGAGCAAGAUCAAGGUGACGUUGAAACAGAAGUCAGAAAUGAUUUUGAAACAGUUUGGCCAGUAUAUUAUGCGGGAACUGGUAAGAAAGAAGAAAAUAUGUCUGUUGGUUCUUCCCCGUUGAAAAAUGUGAAGAUGGAUGAUCUGUCUAGUAGUGACGAGACUAAGACGUAUUUUACCGGGAAAGUUACUCAUCUACAUAGUGGGUAUGGCUUAGUUGAUAAUGCAGUUUACUUUGGCUAUGAUACAAUUAUUGGAGGCUGUCGACCGCAGGUAGGCACCAAUGUACACGUCACUGCUAUUCGUGAUCAUAGUGCAGGAGGCUGGAAAGCUUGCAGCAUCAUGCCGUCGUCUGAUUGGGACUGCACUGAGCGGAAAACAUCAUUAGAGCCUGUUGCUUCUACAGUUAUUGGAUUGAUCACCAAGACUUUUAAAAAUACGGGUAUCAUCAACGACACAGUGACCUUCACGUUUGAUGCCCUGAUGCCAGGUUACCAUGCAUGCCCAAUGGAUUGGGUACAGUGUGAAACCAACACAGAUGAAGCCACACUGAAAGUUUCUGCUGUAUCAGUCAAACCUCUACGAGAGAAAAGCUUUGAAGGAGAGAUUACAAGUCUAUAUCAUAACUCUGGCAUCAUUGAAGGAGAUAUAUACUUUUCUGUUAGUGCAUGUCCACGACACUUUUAUCCACGCAAAGGAGACAUCGUUGAAGGACAAGCAAUUGAAAGUAAACAGAAUAAUGCAAGUUGGAGAGCAGUGUAUGUGAACCCAAAAAAGAAGUCAGAAAACAACAGGGAUGUUUACAAGAAUCAAUCACCUCAUAAAUUAUAUAAAAAUGAUUUAUUUAGUAACAAAUAUGAUGUGUCAGUCACUGAAAACCUAUCACUAGGAAAGCUGAUAGAGGGGCAAGAAAAGUGUGUAACUGUAUGGAUAAGAAAUCAUGGUCUGACCACACAUAUUUUAAGUGGAUGUAGCGUGUGCAGUAAAGAUAGACAGCUAGUUUUUGAAAUUCCAUCAAAGGAGAGUAGAAGCCAGCGAUACAGGAACCUAAACACUAAUAUAUACCCUCAGACACCGAUCUAUGUGAAGAUCAUCUGUAAAGCUAGUAAUCUUGGAGAAAACAGUCAACUGAUUGUCUUUGACUUUGGUAAGUUUGUGAUUGGAAGAUAUGUCAAGUUUGAAGUAGAAGAUCCUGAGCAGAAAAUAUUAAUGGUGAAAGCACCAUAUCAAAAGAGUAAUAGAUAUGAGAGAUUUAGACAAUCACAGGGAAUGGGAAUGCAAAGUGAAAAAUGGAUUAUACCAGAGUUGAGAGAUUGUCUGUUGCAGAGGAAUGAUAUAACAACAAUCAGACCUGAACUUGCAGAGCCACUGUCUAUGACAAACUACAUUGGAUAUUUCACAACAAUGCUUCAUCUUGAAGAAAUACAAAUGGAGAUUGAUAUCAGACAGUUUGAUAUAGAAAUGGUUUCCAUGAUGCCACAUGGUGAAUAUUUGGCCUUGACUGUGCCUGGGUUAGCUGAGGGUAGACCAUCAGUGUUAAUUGGUGACAAGGUUAUUCUAUCUGUACCAAAUAAUAAUGACUAUGCUACACCACAAUAUGAGGGAUUUGUACAUGAUGUUUUCCAGGAAGAAUUGCUUUUAAAAUUCCAUCCGGAAUUUCAUCAAACUUACAAAGGAGAGGAAUAUAAUGUUAUGUUCACGUUCAAUAGAACAUCUCUUCGUAGAUGUCACCAAGCCUUAGAGGCUGUCAAGUAUCUAGGUGAAUCAGUGUUAUUUCCCACUCUACUGGAAACAAAGCUUCCUCAAUGCUCUGUGUUUAAACGGCAUAAUGGAGAUGCAGACACAAAGCCUAUCAAGAAAUCUCCAGAAGACAUCCAAUCAUUUGGCCAAGAUUUAUGUAAAUCAAAACAACAGUGCGGAGCUAGCAGCAAAUUUAAAUCUGGUACAAAGAUGGAGUCUGAUAUUAAGCAAGCUAUUGAGAUUGCCAAAAGAAGACAGUUUAUCACUCCUGUAUUUAAGUGUAAUCCAAGAAAGAAAGUGGGGCAUGGAUUUAGAUCAAAAACGUCACUGUUCUUUAAUCCCAGUUUGAAUGAUUGUCAGAAAGCAGCAGUUACCAGGAUACUGCAAGGUCAGUCAAGACCAACACCAUAUGUGCUAUAUGGACCACCAGGUACUGGUAAAACGGUCACUGUUGUUGAAGCCAUACUCCAAGUGUUUCACAAUAUGUCAUCUAGUAGAAUUCUUGCAUGUACUCCGUCUAAUAGUGCCGCUGACUUGCUGACUCAGAGAUUACAUCAUAGCGGUGCUGUACUAAUUUCAGAUAUGGUUAGACUGAAUGCAUUUCAAAGAGCUGAAGAAUCAAUAGAAGAUGUCAUUAAACCUUACUGCACUAAUGGAGAUAAAUUAGACCUAGUAUGUCAUCACAGGAUAGUUGUAUGUACCUGUAUAAUGGCGGGUAUACUAUAUCAGCUUGGUUUGAAAUCUGGACAUUUUACACAUGUAUUUGUGGAUGAAGCAGGACAAGCUACCGAACCAGAAUGCAUCAUACCAUUAGGCAUGGCUGCGGGACAAAAUGGACAGAUUGUUUUAUCCGGUGAUCCCCUACAGCUUGGACCAGUGCUUAUGAAUAAACUUUCCAUAAAGUAUGGAUUUAAUAUAUCCUUGUUAGAAAGACUAACACAGAGGUUACUCUACAAUAGAGACGAGGACAAAUUCAAAGAUCAUGGAAAUUAUGAUCCUUUAUUGGUGACCAAACUAGUUGAAAACUACCGAUCUCAUCCUGCAUUGUUGAAACUAUCGUCUAAGAUUUUUUAUCAUGAUGAAUUGAUAGCUCAAGCCGAUGAGAAAAAAACUGACUGUCUAUGUCAGUGGGAAUCUCUUACCAAUAAAAAUUCAUUUCCAAUUCUAUUCCAUGGUCUUAAGGGUGAAGAUUUAAGGGAAGGUGACAGUCCAUCAUGGUUCAAUCCAAUAGAAGCAGUUCAAGUUGUGAAAUAUUUACAAGCUUUGAAGACAAAUGAUGUACAUCCACUGGAGUUCAGUGAUAUUGGUGUUAUUACACCAUACAGAAAGCAGGUGCGAUCCAACCAGUCAUUCAUGAACUUUGAUGCCCAGCAUCAUAUAGGAUUUCUCAGUAAUCCAAAGCGAUUCAAUGUAGCUAUAACUCGUGCACAGGCAUUAUUAAUUAUCAUUGGUAAUCCAUAUGUCCUAGUCAAGGAUCUUUUCUGGGUGCGCUUACUUCAGUAUUGUGUUGAUAACAAUGCAUACAUUGGUUGUGAUCUGCCUGGACUUGAUGAAGUACUCAGUAUGGAGAUUCUUAGGAAAGAUCAUGCAGAUGAUAUUGAACAUUCAACGCACACUGAAAGGACUUGCAUCGAGUUUGCUCAAGCUGCUGCAGCUGAGGAAAGUGAAGAGUCUAAUCAAGAAAAGAAAAACAAGGAUUUCAUUAAUCUCUCUGACAUAAAUGGAACAUCUCGCGAUUUCACGUGUUCUAGUGACAGCAGUUCUCUUACUGGUGAUCUUUCAUCAGAAAUUAACAGUGAAGAUUUUAACAGCUCGGAAUUCGAGAUUGAACCAUUCAGCUCUGAUGAUGAGAGUGAAGAUGAUGGUGAAAGUGGUGAAGGAGAAAACAAAGAUGCUGUGUAUGGUUUUAACAAGAGCUAUAGCACGUGCUCAAGUGUUAAUGCAUUUGAUGAGAAAGAUGUUUUAGCGAAAACAGAAACAGGGGAUGCCCUCCAGUUGAAGCAAAACUGUGGGCUUAGAAUGGAAUUGAAUCAUGCAUUUGUCCCUGAUAGUAUGACGCCCAUUGAUAAUAAUGUAACAAUAAUACAUGAUGCCAAACAAGACCGCAUAGGUAAAUCAAAGGGUUCACUUCCAAGAAAUAUUGGAACAGAAGAAUUAGUGAUUUCUGCCACCAAGGAAGCAAAGAAUUCCACAAGCUUAACCAAGACUUCAAACACAUUUACAGUUUGUGAUACUGCCAAAUCAACUGAGACCAAGAUCACUGUAGAAAAUUAUUGUGUGAAAUCCCCUCUUGCAUCAACAAUGCCAUUUCCACCAAGAGGUUUAGGAAGGGGUUUGUCAUUGAAAGAUAUUCCACUAAGUAAUGAUAAAUCAUCUGAUGUUGGAUUGCAAACAUAUGCAUCUGUCAGUAAGAACACUUACACACAACCACAUUGCAGAACAGGUCAUGGUAGGGGAACACUUUCAAACACUGUCCCUUCAAAACCUACUAUGGCAGUAGCUGCACCGAAUGUAUUAAGUUCAUUUUGUGACUCUACUUAUGAAACAGACAGAAGGAAGACAGGUGGUUGUUCCCCAGAGAAAAAGUUCACACAGAGAGAGGAAUAUGAAUGCUGUUCGGCAGAUAGUUUCACACCAAACGCUGUGGACCCUCUUGCACAUAUAGAUGUCAUUAUUGAGAGUAGCUAUGAAGAGUCAUCCAGUGAUUCUGAUGACUAA